CAAACCCAAAGCCGUUCAAUUGCUCUAGUUUAGGUAAAGAAACGGGAAAAGACUGCGGAAGGGCGAAUGAUCCUUUGCAGGUCCUUCUUCAGAGUUGAUCGAGUUUUAAAAUUCACUACUACAUAUAUUGCACCGAAACCUGUAGGAUGCUUUCAGGAUCAGAGAAGUUAUCAUUGCUUAAACCAUAAUUCAACUAUGCAAGCUAGAAAGAAGAGACUGGUGAUUGAAGGUCAUGGCAAGAAACAUAAAAGUACAAAUCUUGUGUGGAGACCAGUCUCUUGCUCCAGUUCUUAUGAAGAAGGCUCGGUAAAGGAUGUAAUGGUUGAGUCAGAAGACAGAGGAGAUGUUCAUACAGUGGGCUGUAGUGAAUCUAGCACUAUUACAAAUGACCGUGUUAUGGAGGCAGCUGCUGAAACUAUGGCUGAAUUAACUGAAUCAGCUAUCACAUCUAGUUCAUUGCAGUACAAUAUUGAAAACAAAGUGCUAGAUGAAAGCUUAUCUGUUUCCACCGAAAAGCACACCAUUUCUGUUGAGGUUGGUGCUUCUCUAUUUCGUUUUAUCAAAGGCAAAGGGGGAUCCACGCGGAAAAAUAUUGAGGAGGAGAUGGGGGUUAAGAUAAUAUUACCAUCUUCAAAAGAAGAUGAUUUUGUCACCAUUGAAGGCAUUUCGAUUGAUAGUGUGACUCUAGCUUCCAAGAGGAUACAAGCCAUAAUUGAUGAGGCAGUUAAGAGUCGAAAUCUUGAUUAUUCACACUUCAUAUCACUACCAUUGGCCAUCCAUCCUGAGUUAGUUAAUAAACUUGUCAGUUUUCAAAAUUCUAUAUUGGGAACUGGUGAUUCUUGCAUGGAUGAGAAUCUUGAAUCUGAUUCCAAUGAAGAAAAUACUGACAAUGAAGAACAGCAUGGUUUGUCAAAGGAAAAACCUAAUGUUGCAGUUGAACUUAAAGUCGGUGACAGCAAUGAAUCAGUUGAAGUAAAUCUCAAAAACAUACCACUUGUCAGUUAUGUACCUAAAGCAUCCAAAUCUUCUGCAUCCGAGUCUCCUGAUCUAUCUGACCUGGGGAUUGACAAGUCUAUAUUCAUUAAGCCUAGAACGUUUCAUCUUACUGUACUCAUGCUGAAAUUGUGGAACAAGGAUCGAGUUAAGAAAGCUACUGAGGUCUUACAGAAUAUCUCCUCAAGAGUUAGGGAAGCCCUUGACAAUCGGCCCCUCUCUGUAAAAUUAAAAGGAUUGGAUUGCAUGAAAGGUUCUCAAGCAAAAGCUCGUGUUCUGUAUGCCCCAGUGGAAGAGGUUGGCAGUGAGGGCCGUCUUCUACUUGCUUGUCAAAUCAUUAUUGAUGCAUAUGUUGAAGCUGGACUAGUCUUGGAGAAUGAUUUUAAUCAGAAACUGAAGUUGCAUGCAACUGUGAUGAAUGCAAGGCAUAGGAAAAGGAUGAAGAGGAAAGGAAAGUUUGAUUCCUUCGAUGCACGGGGCAUAUUCGAGCAGUACGGAUCAGAGGAUUGGGGAGAGUAUCCUAUUCGAGAAGUACAUCUCUCCCAGAGAUUUUCCUUUGAUGAAAAUGGAUACUAUCACUGCUGUGCUUCAAUACCGUUUCCUGAAAAUAUGGAGGUAGAAGUAGAAUGAUUAAUGCAUUGACGAUAUGCUUAGUCAGCUUUAUUUUCUGUGGGAAUAAAAAGAUCUGUCAACCUUGGUGUCUAACUUCUUAGUUUCAAAUGUGUUACCUGAAAUGGCUUUCUUGUAGACUUAUACUUCCUCCUGUUCAUAUAUGAGCAAAAAUUCUUCGUAAUUAAUGCUAGGGUAUUAAUGAUUCCUGUAUCAGUUUAGUAAUUGUGAUAUGUGGAAAUCCCUCAAUGAAAUCUAUUUUUCUUCUUUUUCGAGUUACA